UGGCGCGGACGGGGUGCAGCGAGGAUGAAGGUGCUGGGAAGCGAGAGGGGCUGAGCGCUCCUCACAGACUGCCUCUUUCUCCUCCCUUCCCGUCUCCCGGGGGAUGAGCCUCCGCGUCUGCCCGCCCCCAAUCCUAGGGCGGAGGCCUCGCGCAAAUCCAGACUCUGCGCUCGGGUGCAGGGUCUCCGCCACAGCCCGCUCCUUCCCGCUGUGCCGCGGCCCGUGAAGCGGCCACUCCAGCCCGCGGUUCUGAGAGAAGCCCGUGGCAGGUUUGCUCCGCAAAGAUGAACUGGACGGCCGCGACUUGCUGGGCUCUGCUGCUAGCCGCCACCUUCCUCUGCGACAGCGGCGCGGCCAAGGGUGGCCGUGGAGGGGCUCGCGGCAGCGCCCGGGGAGGGCUGCGCGGGGGCGCGCGCGGGGCCCCGAGGGUGCGCGUGAGGCCGGCGCCUCGCUACGCGGGCUCCUCCCUGCGCGUGGCGGCGGCCGGGGCGGCGGCCGGGGCGGCCGCGGGCCUGGCCGCGGGCUCCAGCUGGAGAAGGGCCACGGGCCCCGGGGAGCGCGACCUGGAGGACGACGAGGACGCGGCACCGGGCGGCAACCGGACGGGCCAAGGCUUCUACAGCUACCGGGCAUGGACUUCGGGCGUGGGGCCCACCAGCAGCCCGUGCCUCUGCCAGCUGCUGGGCGGCGCUCUGGGCGCCCUGGGGCUGCUGCGGCCGUAGGCCGGCCGGGCUCGAGGCCAGAUCUGGCCCCCCGCCGGCGCCCUCCCCGCAGGCCUCUCCGGCCGGCCCCUGAGACCGCCAGCCGCCGAGCGCCCUUUCCCACCGCUGCCCACCGCCUCCGACCCAGAGAGCCUGUUGUACCUCUCACGCACCCGGAGGCUGCGUCCUGUUCUCCGCCCUGCCCAAGUCCCUCUCCAGCCUCCCCAUUUCCCACCCGACCAGAGGACCAGGGCCCAUCAGUUCCAGGAUGCCCCACCUACCGCCUGGAGGUCAGGGUCCUCCCCAGCCAGAAAGGCAGGUGCCUGUGCUGCCACCCUGGCCAGCAGCCACCGUCUCUCCCGAGCUGCCCAGAGAGAUGUGCCAAACCAGGAUGUUCAAGCCAUUCUGGCUCCCCUGACCCCAUCCCGGACACUUGAGGAGUAUGGACAGUGCUGACCACCAGGCAAAGAGGUGGGCCCUGAGGACCCUGGGGCCCUCCCCACUGAAGCAGCCAGAAUGGACCAAAGGACUAGUGGCUCUGGGGAAGAAGAGAGGUUUCUCUCACAGGUUGUGCUGUGCCUACCACCCUCCAGAAGAGGCAGUCUGGGGAUUUCGGGGCCCAGAGCACCCCUGCCCCACAGCUGACCCACAGCCUUGCCAGCCCCCCCUCAGGCCCAGAGGCGCGCCCCCUCCCUGGGCACCCUCAAGACUAGGGGCCUCUUGCGGCCACUUUGCUCCCGCUUGAAACAAGUCACUCUCCUUGGGACCUAUUUUGGGGGGAAAACCACAUUGUUUAAAUUUCAAGAGCUUUUCAUUUCCGUUGAGGUUUAGGUUCACAUUCUGGAAUCAGUGCUCGCUGGUCCUCAGGGAUGGCAUGGCCACUCCCCAUAAGAGCCCUCCCCAGGGACAGCCUGCUUUUGCUUCAAGCAGAUCUGUAGUUGGCGCCUUCCCCCCCCCCUCCGCCCGAAGGAGAGGGCAAGGUGUGAAUGGUGUGAAUGCGCAGGUCAGAUCUCAAGUCAGAACCAGCAACCAACACGGCCACAAGGCAGGUCCCUGGAGGUGGGCAGCAGCGGCCAGGGGCCGGCCCAGCACCCAGCAAACACAGACAGAUGUGAGAGUAUUGGGCUCAGCAAAAGAAGCCGGGAAGCUGAGCCCCCUCCAACAGCUGUCUGAGCAUCUGAGGCUGGUCUGGGGACAGGAGAGACCCCCAGAGAGGCCUCUAAGGAAAUGCCGGGCGGGCCUUGCAAGGGUUUGCCUCUGGCACCCAAGCACCCUCUGCAGAAAGCCAGCCCUUUGCUCGUCAGGCACCCAGAGGCCCAUUUCCCUCGAGCCUCAGGCCUGGGUCACAGUCUGUGAGCUCAGCCCUGGAGGCCUUGGCUCCUUACCACAUCCUCCACCCCACAUCCCACAGCAGGACCAUGUCCCAGGCCUGGAUCCUCUGGAUCUCUCCCUCCUUCGGUGCUCACUGAAAGCCUCACCUGCUGCUGGGCUGCCUUCCAGAAUAUGCCCUCACACCCACCCCCAGCCCCCAGACCAUGGGGCCUUUGGACUCAGCUGAUGGACACCAGCACCUCCCGGGGGCGGGGGGGGGGCCGGGAGGACCUGCAACCUCUGCUCUCCCACAGCUGACACCCAGGUCUGGUUAGGGUGAGGGUCUCCAAGCUACCAGCAGACCCCUGGACCAAGCAUCUCUCUCCAAAGACCAGGACCCAGAGCUGCAGGACACAGCUCCCUGCAUCCACCUGUACUCACAGUGCCGGCAGACUCGGGGUACAGCAAGCCCAGUGCCCCUCCCUCCGUUCCAGACCAAAGACCAGCAGGCUGUGGCCUCGUGGGCAGUGUGGCCAUUCUGCCACCGCACCUGCAGGCAGGAGAGUCUGCACAGGGACUCGGGUCUACCUGAGGGGCCGGGGCGUGGGCCAGCCUCUCCUGCACGCUCACAGGCCGCACGGCACCACGUGGUGGGUGGGGCAGAAACAGCAUUCUCAAGUCAGGAGUUUAUUUCACACACCAACCUGAUUCCGGGAGUGUGUCUGGCCUUUGGCACCAACACACGCUUGAGUUCUUCCCACUCUACCUGUCAGGGCCAGCAGGAAGCAGACAGUGCCCGGGGCAGGUAAUCUCAGGAGAGGUCAGUGUGUGGGCACCUUCAGGAGGGGAGGUGCCCUGCGGAAACUCAGGUGUUUCCAGGAAGGCCAGGCCCCCACUGGACACAGAAGAGGCGAAGCAGCUGACCAGGUCCACCCCCACCCCCUUUCC